AUCCAGCCCAAUCAUCUCGAGAUCCUGGCAAAUGGCUCCCCAAUAGAGUGGGGCCAGGAAUUGCGGUGAGUGUUACUCCAUAGUCCAUACGAAGAGGAGAGGACUGAAGUGCUCCGGACGCACUUCCCGCCAUUCCUGCUUCCCUGGGCCUCUACGGAGUACUCAGAGUCUACUCCAGCGUAUACCCCUCCCUCCAUUGCCCCUCAUGGUCCUUGCUGGGGUUAUCGCUACGCGCUUAACGAGACGGGCCUCAGAAUAACUAGAGGAAAUACUUAGCAUUCGCUUCGUGGUCGCUGGACGAUCCUCUACGUUCUCACUACUCCCCAACAUUCCCCAUGAUUGUGUUCUCCAGAUUGUGUUCCACCAUGCCUGUUAUUGACAGUGACGGAGUUCCUUUGGCAUGCGUUGUUUCCAAGGUUUCGCGGCCCAAGGAUCCAUUGAGAGAGAGCUCAGCCUACCACUGCUUCAACAAGAUGAAUUUCUAUACGCUAAGCCGGAAGCUUCUUCGGAUACCUCCUGCUCCGUGUUUGUUGAGUUGGCAAGCCCAUUCGCAGGGUCAUCAGAGUACUGCCGGCUACCAAUUAUACUCCGGUAAAGCAUUGGCUUACUCACAGGAUACCACUGAUCAAGAUCUCAAGUCCCAAAAGUACUCUGUCGAUACAGAGACGGGAAUUUUUGAGCAGGGCCUUCCAGAAAUUAGCAGUGUCCGAAUCAGGCUGGCCCAGGAUUAUGUGGUGCAUCCAAGCUUGGUAGGAAUGGGGCCAAAUGUUCUAUUCUCAACGGCUGGACUCCCUACGCUCUGCAGUCUGGACACAUGUCUAUCGAUUAGAACGUACGAUGUCUAUGGAUCGAUAACAUUCGACUCCAAAUACGUCAGCUAGCCAUAAA